AACUCCAAAUCCCUAUUUGAAGAUUCCUCCAAAACAUAUUUUGCCAAUACAUACAAUGGGAUUAAAGCCCCAUAUUCUCACUCUAAAUUAAACUAAAUCAUCCCAAUUAUCAAAUCAUUCAAUUCCUCCCGUUUCCGUAUACCAAACUCUCUUAACACUACUCCAUAAAACUACCAUUCCCUUUGAUUUUCCUAGCUUUCAGCAAGUGUCUUCCAGCUUUCCUCGAUCUCCUCUCAGAGAAUAUGGCGUUCAUGGACCUCCUUAUCCUCUUCUUAGCUUUUCUCUUUCUCCGCUUCUGGUGGCGCCGCUGGUCCGUCACCGGCGGUGGGUCCAAAAACCUCCCGCCGGGGCCGCCCGGAUGGCCUAUUUUGGGUAAUCUCGGCCAAGUCAUUCUCCAACGCCGUCAUUUCGUCUUUGUAGUACGCGAUUUACGGAAAAAAUACGGCCCAAUCUUCACCAUGCAAAUGGGCCAACGCACGCUCGUGAUAGUCACCAGCGCCGAGCUCAUCCACGAAGCCAUGGUCCAGAGAGGCCCGGCGUUCGCGAGCCGGCCGGAGGACUCCCCGAUCCGGUUAGUUUUUAGCGUCGGGAAAUGCGCCAUUAACUCCGCCCAGUACGGGCCGCUCUGGAGGACUCUACGCCGUAACUUCGUGACGGAGCUGAUAAAUCCGACAAGAGUGAAGCAAUGCAGUUGGAUACGGAAAUGGGCGAUGGAAAACCACAUAAAUAGGCUCCAGAGAGAGGCGUCGGAAAAAGGGUUCGUCGAGGCGAUAAGCAACUGUCGGCUCAACAUAUGCAGCAUCCUCAUCUGCCUUUGCUUCGGCGCAAAGAUCUCCGAAGAUGAGAUAAAAAAGAUCGAACGCGUGCUGAAGGACGUGAUGUUGAUCACGUCACCGCAGCUCCCGGACUUCUUGCCAGUCCUCACUCCCUUGUUCCACAAGCAACUCAAAGAAGCGAAAGCGCUGAGAAACAAACAGCUGGAGUGCUUGGCUCCGCUCGUGAGAAACAGAAGGGCUUUCGUGGAGAGCGGUGGAAAUGGCGGUCCGGAGAUGGCGAGCCCCGUCGGCGCCGCCUAUAUCGACUCGCUUUACGGGCUGGAAGCGCCGGGUCGGGGCAAGUUGGGAGAAGAAGAGCUCGUGACUCUCUGCUCGGAGGCGAUCAUCGCCGGAACCGACACGAGCGCGACUACUUUGGAGUGGGCUUUGCUUCACUUGGUGCUGGAUCAAGAGAUUCAAGAAAAGCUGUACAGGGAAAUCGUGGAGCACGUCGGAAAAGAUGGGGUCAUCACGGAGAGCGGCGUUGAGAAAAUGAGCUACCUUAAUGCGGUGAUCAAGGAGACUUUCCGGCGACACCCACCGGGCCAUUUCGCGCUCUCGCACGCGGUCACGAAGGAGACGGAGCUCGGAGGAUACACCAUCCCCGAAAACGCGAGCGUGGAGUUCUACACUGCGUGGGUGGCCGAGGACCCGGCUGUGUGGAAGGACCCGGAUGAGUUCCGACCCGAGAGGUUCUUGGUCGGUGAUGGGGUCGACACGGAUGUGACGGGGACGAGGGGGGUCAGAAUGCUGCCGUUCGGGGCCGGCCGGAGGAUUUGUCCGGCGAUGACGCUGGGGACUCUGCAUGUGCUCAUGCUGCUCGCAAAGAUGGUGCAUACUUUCAAGUGGUUGCCGGUUCCCGGAGCCCCACCCAACCUGGCUGAGACUUUUGCUUUCACUGUUGUGAUGAAGGACCCUCUCAAGGCUGUGAUCUUGCCAAGGGUAUGAAACUCCAAAGACACGACCGAAUUGCUAGCAUUUUAAUAAUUGUAAGAGUUUAUAUGUGCACGCUUGUCCAAUUAAGUUUUGGAGGUCGCUUACUUGGUAGCGAGUUUCGUAUAAAUUCUUAUAUUUAUUAUCUAAAUUACUAGUAAUUUAGUAAAAAAAAAAAACCUACUGAAAACCUAUGUAUGAAGGUAAUGUUGUUGGGAGAUGUAAUUUUGGUCUACUGCAUGGUAUGGGAUGCGUUAAAUAAGCUUAAUUAACUUUUUUUUUUAGGGGAAAGCUAGUGGGCUACCAUUAAUUUGCUUGGCGAAGAAAAGAGAACCAAGGGGCUAGGCUAGUUUGCUUAUAUAUAAGUGGUUGAAUUAUACACAGUGGAACUUUAUUUAUUUCCUUAUUUUGAAAGCUCUUAAGUGCAUUAAUCUAGCUUGUUUGUUUUUUGUGA